UGAGAGUCAGUCAGCUGGAGACUGGUCCAAAGCAUCAGAAGAGAAAAAGACGCGAGGAAAUAAACAGCUAUCAUGGCAUCCUUAAACCUCGGGUUCAACGGGGCUCGUAAAAAAGCGGCAGCGUGUAUCAGAGCCGUAGAGAGGAGAAAUCUGAUCACCGUGUGCAGGUUCUCAGUGAAGACCCUCAUUGAUCGCUCAUGCUUUGAGACGAUAGACGACACAUCUGCUGAGUUCAUCAACUUUGUCUCCAUUCUAGAACAUAUUCUCAGCCAUAGACUGAAGGGUCAGGUCAGCUGGUUUGGCUAUGAGAGCCCGCGCAGUUUCUGGGAUUACAUACGUAUAGCGUGUAGUAAAGUCCCGCACAGCUGCAUCCACAGCAUCGAGAACAUGGAGAACGUCCGCAGCUCUAGAGCAAAGGGUCGUGCCUGGAUGAGAGUGGCGUUAAUGGAGAAGCGUUUGUCUGAAUAUAUCUCUGCAGCUCUGAGAGACUUCAAAACUACAAGGAGGUUUUAUGAGGAGGGCGCUGUAGUUCUGGGCGAGGAGGCGGGGCUUCUGGCAGAUACUCUGAUUGGACUGAAUGCCAUUGACUUCAGUUUCUGUCUGAAAGGGGAGGGGCUUGAUGAGAGCUGUCCUGUCAUCAUUGACUACACACCGUACCUUAAAUUCACACAAACUUCUGACAGCAUUAGCAGCGAUGAGGAGGAAAUGAGAACGCUGGGCAGCAGCGGCAGUGAAGCAGGCACUCCUGAAUCCCACAUGGCUGCCAGUCUGAUGGCCGAUCAGAGCACCUGGUACAGCAAGAGCAAAAGACUAGAGCAGAAAUACAGAGUCGUGCUGGAACAGAAGGGUUAUCUGGAGGAGCUGGUGCGUCUGAGGGAAGCUCAGCUCUCCGAGUCUGUCUCUCAGAAUAAAUCUCUACUGCAACGACUCACAGACACCGAAAUCAGCCACAAACUGGAGAAAGAGCAGCUGGAGAUCAUCAUACUGGAGCUGCAGGAUCAGCUGACGGUGAUGAAGAACCAUGACCUUCGCUCCAGACAGGAGCUCACCUCGCACCUGACAAACCAAUGGCCCUCACCUGGUGCCUUGGAUUCUAAUGCAGUUGCCUUGGAUACGCUCCUGUACAGGAAACGCACAGCACCAUGGGAAGAGAAAAGCUUCCAGAGUUUGGAGCAGCUUUCUGCAGAUAUGAGUAUCUCUCAGAUGUCUCUGGAGCCAGCACAACUGAACACACACAGUCUGGAAAGCAAGGCAGGACUUACACACUGGCACAGAGAAGGGAAAGAGGAUACUCCGUCUCUGAGGGGUUUGUGUGGUUCCUUAACCUCAAUGGCCAGUUACAAAUCUCUGGCCAGUCUGAAGUCCAGCGAGUAUCUGGCCAGUCCAACAACAGACAUGACCAGCCCAGGACUCACUCCGUCCUGAGAGACAAGUAGGGGCAUAUAAACACAUACACAAACACACCGGCCUGCUUCAGAUGGUGUGGCUUUCGAAUUGAAGUGAAGAAACAGAUAUCUACCUAUCGGUAUCAUCCUCAGAGACAUUUCAGCUAGACAAGAUGAAACUCCAGUGCUGUCCUGACUGGUUUUAGUUCAAUUUGAAGUGCAGUUUCAUUUUUAGAUGUGUACAUUUGGUCAUUAAAAGUCCAUAGCUAGUGUAGGCAUUAGCAUUAGUGAAUAUU